AUGAUAAAACAUCUCAUUCUCGCACACAAAAAUGAUCCUAAUCUACACAUGGUAUGUGGAGUAUCUGGUUGCCAACGAACAUUCAAGAACGUAAGGAUAAGUAACAGUUUAAAUUUUUGCGUGGCGGCAAGCGCUCUAGUCUCUAGAGUAUAAACGCGGCCGUUUUUAAACCUUUCAAGAAUUUUAUUGUUAGCCUUUAUAAAUUGUUCCGAAGUAAAAUAGAUCGGCAAAUCGUAUCUAAUUUUCUUUUCUCUACAGGUUUACACUUACAAAAAUCAUUUUUAUCGACAACACAAGGGUGAGGAUAUCGCCCAUGAGGGUGAUAUUGCAGAUCAUCCGUCAGAAAACGAUGUCACUCCGAUGGAAACCGAUCAUCCAUCGAACGAAAUCGAGGAAGGCAACAGGACUGAGUUGAAACUUAAAAGAGCCAAUGCAUUCUAUAUUUUGCGAACUAAAGAGGUCAAUCUGCUUACGCAGAAAUGUGUAGAUGAUAUUGUUUUGGGUACAGGUGAACUGAUCAGAUCUACUGUGGAAACAGUUGGGAACGGCGUACGGGAAUGUUUGAACAGCGCAGGAAUACCAUACGAAACAGUUCCUGGCCUUCAAGAAUUGUUUGCAGCAAAUAAUCCAGUGUCUAACCCCUUUGAACACGUUUCGACAAAAUACAAGCAAAUGUCCUUCUUCAAACAGGAAUUUGGAUUAAUUGUAAGUAUAUAUUUUAACAGUGUACUAUUUCAGUCUGCUCUAUUUCAUGCAAUAUAUUCAAUAUUCAUACUUACUAUAAUUUAUUAAUAGUGAUUGGCCUUAAUAAGGGUACCAUGCCUGAGAGUUAGAGAUAUUUUAUUAACCAAAUCUGUAAAAAAUCAAAGGUGUUUACAGUCUUGCGACAGUCGAGAAGUAUUGAAAACUUGCUAUACCGGUACCUAUAAACAAUUACAGGAAUUGGAUGAGGCUGAGUAGGAUAUAAAUAAUUAGUAUUUUUGCAAAAGUGCAUAUGAUUGGUCAACUCAAAUUUGAUGUAUCAACCUGCAGGUGAAUAUUACAAAACAGAAUUUUUUAAAAUGGCAGCUAACCAUUAUUAUGGAAGUUACUGAUAAAGAAAUAAGCAAAAAUUAUUAGAAUAAAUUUAGUCCUAAAAACACAAAAGACUUGUGUAAAAAUAGAAAAAAAUUAUUCGCCCUAAUAGGUUUGGUGAUUAUUAGGGAAUAUUCACCUUGAAUAUUUGUCUUGGUGAACAUUCCCCCCAAACCAUCGAGAGCCUUCAGUAAAUAAUUGUUAAUGAAUUACUUAAACUGAGGUCAGUGAACAUUGUGAUGCUAUAUGUGAAAAAAAGUUUAUUACACUUGUGACUUGGUAAUGUCAGUUUAUCCUUCUGAGUAUGAUAUCAUAAUUGUCUCUCAUUCAUUGCAUGCACUUGUAACAAUAAUAAUAUUGUCCUCCAGUGAGAAAACUGAUAUCACCUCAUAUAAUGAUGUAUACAUUUCCUGCAUAAGACGAAUCUAAUAAUUCUUUUCUUAUUUGUUAUAUUUUAUUAUUUACAAUAUUGUUCUUUAAGGGACCGUUCAUUAAUUAUACGUCAGGGUGGGCUGGAGGAAAAAGAGCAGAAACAGUGCAAGUUUUCCAUGACCCCCCUUCUAACCGAAAAUUUUUUUCACAACCCCCCCCCCUAUUUCCCCCUAUUUAUGGGGGGGAGGUAAAAAAAUUUUCCUAACGAACAUAAGCAUAGUCUAAAAAUUUUUGGUCAGGAAUAUUUCGGGCUUUGUGCAAAUACCUAGCCUGAUAAAUAAUAGACUGCUGUUUUUCAGGUUAGUAAAUACCUUAGAGCACCUACAGAUAUCGAUAAUAAUUUGUAUGCUCUUAGCCAACGAGAAAACAAGAACAGAGUAGAGUGAAUAAUAAUGUACACAUGUAAUUCACUACUCUAUGUGUAAACAUUUCGAUAAUCUGUGCACAUGGCUUUAAUAUGGGAUGUGUUAUAUUUUAGGAGCCUCGACGCAUCACUGUUGGGCACAAGUCAGUAAGAAAAAGAUCUGGAACAAUGUACAAACAAGUUUUGAAAGAUGAGGAGAUGAUGUAUAUUCCAUUGCUUGAGAUAUUGGAACAGCUGUUGAAUAUGGAUUUUGUAUUAUCUGAGGUUAGUGUUGAUGCAAUUUAAAUGCAAUGAUUUUCUUGUGGGAAAAAAUUACUUGUAUAAUUAAAUAUAAUUUUGUUAAUCAAUACACCCAUUUUAUUAUUACAGUAUUUUUCUCAUGCUGGGUUGCCAUGUAACAUGUUUUUUGCUUUAGCCAAACAGAAAUUUAUAUUUGUCCAUGUACACAUAUAUAUACUGCAUGAUGCUUAUUGAGCACUCUGUGUGUCAACUUCAUACCCGGGGAUCUGUCUAUAUGGGACAGACCCUGGGUACGAGGUUGUCUUUGUGUUUCCAGACCAAAGUCCAAAAUGUACACAUACACUGGUAUAUUAAAUAUGAUUAUCAAUUUAUAGAUACAGGUUGGUCAUCAAAGCACCAAUGGUCUUAUUCAAGAUUUCUGCGAUGGCCAGUUGUUUAAAGCUCAUCCACUGUUUUCCAGUAAUCCACCUGCGUUACAACUGAUGCUAUAUUACGAUGAGCUAGAAAUUACCAAUCCUCUGGGUAGCAAAACUGGAACACACAAGCUAGGUAAGGUAGUUGUUUCACUAUGUAUACCAGUAUGAGUUACUAGAUACAGUAUGUGUGGAUGUCAAAGAAUUACUAACGGUAAAUGUGGAACUUAAUUAAUGAGUGAAUAACAGAGUGGAUUUUUCUUUAUUUUUUAGGUGUAAUAUACCUGACCCUUGGUAAUAUCCCACCACUGUUCAGAUCUACACUGGAUGCUAUUCAACUGCUUGCAGUUGCAACAUAUCCUGUAAUUAAGGAAUAUGGCAUUGGUACCUUGAUGGAACCAAUUAUGAAUGAUCUAGCAUUGAUUGAGCAGGUAAAUGUUUUCCUUAUUUAUGUAACCAUAACCAUGAUUAGGCAGGGUGUAUUUUCUUCUGUAUUGCAAAAAGUACUGCUAGCUAUUUACUACCUUAAAAAAUAAACAGAAACUCGACGUUUCGAGCGAAGGCCCUUCGCUCGAAACGUUGAGUUUCUGCUUAUUUUUAAGGUAGUAAUAUAACCACUCAGCACAGCAUUUUCACAUUGGUACUACCAACACUGGUACGGACAGUUUAAGCCUGUUCUAUGCAUUAGUUCUGUGCAUAACGUUGUGGGGGACAUUUGAUGUGAACAGGGCCAUAGCUAGACAUGUUCACAUACUAUAAAAACAAUCGCUUUUUAAAGAAAUCCAUCUGGCAGAACACAGAUAUAUGAAUAUGCACCCAUCCACUCCCAUUAUUGGUCUAACUACGGCCCUGGAUUUAAAGGAUACCAAAAUUUUGUGUUAUUUUGACAUCUACUAAGUUGAAAUUCUAAUCUUUAUCCAUUUAAAUGCAUAGCAAACAACAGCGAUGUUACUCACAAAGUAGAACACAUUUCAGUUCACAAAUAUACAGCAGCUGUUUAAAUUAUGUAAACAAGUGGACUCGAUUUCCCCUUACAUUUUGCAUGUUGGUUCAUGCCCAUUUAUAAUGCAAUGUCACCCAUCACUUCGUAACUGAUAAUUACUAUCCCUAGCUUAAAUUAUCACUGUAUAUUAUAGGAUGGUGGCUAUCAGUUUAUGGUAAAGCAUCAACCGCUUUCACUUUCUGGGACAAUUGUGUUCGUAUCUGGAGACAACUUGGGUGCUCAACUUGUUGGGGGGUUUAAAGAAAGUGCAAGUGCAAAUCUAAGAUGUAGGCAUUGUAUGGGAACAGUAGAUGAAGUCACUAGCAAAGUACGUUCAAUUAUUUCUUCAUUAAAUUUAAAUAUUUAUUUCAUAAUGUGAAGACACCAGUGUCAAUUUUGUAUUGCACAUCACAUCAGUUAACACUGUAGCUGUGUACCGGCUGGUAUAGUAGGUUGUCAAACUAACUGGAAGAUAAAGAGUUACUGUAAGUCUGUAAUCAAAUAAUUUUGCCCCUUUCAGGUUGUACUUAAAUUAUACUUAAUUCACAUCUGAUUGCUACCUAAAGUAUUUUAUCCAGUUUCACCCCAGGAUGACUUUAAAUUAAUUUAACAUAUAUAAAUUAGCUUUAACAUGAUAAAUAAUCUUUCACUAAACAAUCUUUCAAUUAUUUUUUAUUAGUUCCGUGAGAAAGAUUUCACUCUGCGAACAAGAGCUGGUCAUGAUCACCAAUGUGAGUGCAUAGAACAAGAUCCUGAUUUAAGUAAAACCUAUGGCGUAAAGCGGAGAUCUAUUCUCUGUAACUCAAGGUACUUCCAUGUGGUUGAUGGUUUGCCAGCUGAUGCCAUGCACGAUAUUCUCGAAGGGGUUCUGCAGUAUGAGUGUAAGGAAAUGCUGAAUAUAUUUAUAAAUGAGCAAACGUAUUUCACACUGCAGCAAUUGAAUGAGAAGAUGAAGUCUUUUGAUUUUGGGUGCUAUAAUGAUAAGAACAAGCCUUCACCCAUUACACGACAAGCAUUGAAAGGAGAUGCAAACAAUGUUCGACAAAAAGGUUUGUGAUUUCUGUUCUAAAUCUUAUUCAAUUAUUUGAAUUCGUUGCAGGUCAAUGUUUUGUAACUACAGUAUAAUUAGCCUAUAUGUCCAUCUUGCUUGAUAGUAUGGGCUUGCUCAAAAUGUUUCAUUUAUCAUUUGUACAAAAGUUUGUUAUGUACAGUAGUCCACAAACUGUACUGAACUGUAAGAGUCAAUGACUCGAGAAAAUAAUUUAAAAAGCAAAAUUGUUCUAAAAUAGCCUGGUUUUCAAAUGUGCUGGUACAAAAGGCUUUCAUUCAAAUUGUCGAAGAAAGUAUUUUUUAUUUACAGGUAGUUGGAUAACCUACCUUUCGUGUGUUUGAAAAAUCAAGUAGAUUUUGGUGCAAUUUGGAUGAAAACUGAAUGAAAAAUAAAUUCUUUGCAGGAUUGCAUGGCGAUAAAACAUAUACAUGUAAUACUUUUUGUUUGUGGUAACUAAAUUUAUUACUGCAAAACGUUUGAUCUGUAAGCCUGAAAAGUUUGUCUUCUCUGCUGGCUGGAGAAAACUGAAUGAGUAAUUGGGCUAAACUAAUAAUUUGAGUCUAAUUGACUUAAUUUGGAAGCAGGGGUAUAUCCAGUCUAUGAAUGCCUAGCUCUUGUUUAAUAAUAUAUAAUUGAGUAGCCAUAUGAUUAUUUGUUUUUCUUGUAUUUAAUAGCUGCACAGAUGUGGUGUUUGGGUAAAUUCCUUCCGCUGAUGAUUGGACGCAUGGUUGCAAUUGAUGAUGAAUAUUGGCAAUACUUUCUGCUUUUGUUGGAAAUUGUUGACAUUGUUUUUUCCACGUCAAUUACUGUUGACACUCUUGGAGUUUUGGAAGGACUGAUUGAAGAAUAUCUCUGGGGAUUUACAAACAUCUACCCUGGAAGAUCUGUCAUCCCUAAAAUGCAUUACUUGGUGCAUUAUCCAUCCCACAUAUACAGGUUUAGUAUGUUGUGUAUUAAUUGGCAUAUUGUUUAAACCUUUAAGUGGCAAUGCACCCUACUUUAUUAUUUUACUAAUGCUGGACUAUUUUACUCUGUCUAACGUCAGACAAUUUUACUCGUCAGGGGGGAGUGUUGCCACUCGAUGAGUUAAAGAAUGAGUACCAUGCCAGUAAUCCUUUGCACUGUUGUGACUUUAAAUUUUAUGUUUACAAUUGGCUGUACCUCAUUAAUAUUAUUUCAUUACAAACAGUUUACAUCGAAAUAACACAAAUUUUUUUAAGGCAUGAAUAAUUACUUACUUUGUUUAGAAAUUUUUUCAACAAGAUUCCGAUAAAUAUGGACCAAUGUCAAUUAAAUCUUUGAGGCGACUCAUGAAUAUCUUAAGACUAAUACAUCUUGUGAUACUCACUCUUUACGAACGAAAGCCUUGUGUACUGUACUUCGUGUUUAAUAAUUAACCAAUAAAUGCUCAAUUGCUGUUUUUAGAUUUGGACCGAUGACCCGUACAUGGUGCAUGCGUUAUGAGGCGAAGCAUAGUUACUUUCAACGUCUUGCUGCAUACAUGGGUAACUUUACAAAUGUGGCCUUUACACUGGCAGAUCGACACCAAACCCACAACUGUCAUGUCACAAAUAAUUCCAAUGGUGAAAGGAAAGAAGGCUUAUAUAAGGCAAAGGAAACCACUGUUGGUAAGCAUGUACAACAAUUGUUCAUUACAUAUUGUUUUGUACAGUAAAUAAUAGUAAAUAUAUUGUCUUAUAGAAUCAGGAAAGCAGGUGGUCGUUGGCGAUUCUGUAUAUUUCGACGAGCUGAGACACAAUGAAAGAGAUCUUCAACCUACAGAUAUGGUUUAUGAGUAAGUUUGAUAUAGGCUACUAAAUUAUGUUUGUGCACAUGGAGAUAUAUCUUAUCAUUUCAGAUUACUUACUGUACCCUUCUGUAAUAUUAUGACUUCCUCUUGCUGGGGGCUUGGAGAGAGAAAUAAGGGUGGUGCAGGUUAUAUGAGCAUGUUUUUGUUGUUGCUUACCAAGCUGACAGAAGUGCCAUACUCUUGGAACAGACAUAUUUUUUUAUAAAUAUAUGGUUGUGUAACUUGUGUAACUGUUACGUUAUUAAGUCAAUGUCAUUCACAGUAGAACGAACAACAUUGUUGCGGAUUGUGUUAAUUUAUAUAAAUUUUAAGCUUGUGGCGAUGCUGCAGCAACUCCCAGCAGUGUGUGACAAGAUACCUUUUCUGUUUCCUGUUAGGGCGAAAAAAGUUUCUAUUCAUGGCACUGUGUACAAGGUUAAAUCUAUUGUUCAUACUGGAUGGAUGGAUGAAUUACCCGAGUUCGCUUCAAUCUCUAAAAUUGUUGUGGUUGGGCCAAGCAGUCGAGUAUAUUUUGUUUUAACAAAAUAUGUAACCAAGCAGUUUGCUACUCAUUAUCAUGCAUUUGAAGCUUGUAAACCUCGAAAUGAGAGUAUCAUAUUGUUGCAACAAUGUCAAUUUAAACAUUACUUGCCAUUGCAUGCAAUAAGUAUAUCAAGUGUAGCUGAUGGAUUGAUCUACAUAGCUCCUAGAUGCAAUGUUCCUAAAUGUUAG